CUAGAGAAGGAUCAACAGAGUACGAUUCAUCUCACACACGACCAUAUCAAAGCAAUUCUUAUGAACGUAUUUCUUGGUGGAGUAGACUCACCGGCUGUAGCAGUGAGUUGGGCAAUGGCAGAACUGACUAAAAAUCCAAAAGCAUUGAAGAAAGUUCAAGAAGAGAUUAGAAACUAUGUGGGAUCAAAAAGGAAGGUUGAAGAAUCAGACCUUGAUAAUUUCAAAUACUUAAAAAUGGUAUUUAAAGAAACUCUGAGGUUGCAUCCACAAGCUCCAUUGCUUCUAAGAGAAAGCAUGGAACAUAGAAAGAUCAAUGGAUACGACAUAUACCCCAAAACAAGGGUUCUAAUAAAUGUGUGGGAAAAUGGGAGGAGUCCACAAUAUUGGAAAAACCCAGAAGAAUUUUUCCCAGAGAGAUUCAAAGAUAGCUCCAUUGAUUAUCUUGGAAGCCAAAAUUUUGAAUACAUACCUUUUGGGGGAGGUAGAAGGGGUUUCCCAGGAAUGAAUAUGGCUGUCGUGUUAACAGAGCUUAUCCUUGCUAAUUUAUUGUACGCUUUCGAUUGGGAAUUACCAAAAGGAAUGAACAAGGAGGACAUAAGCAUGGAGGAAUCAUUAUCAGGCCUUAUUAUUCAUAAGAAAAUUCCGCUUAAACUUGUACCCAUCAAGUUUGUAUGA